AUGCGCCUGGUGCCGCUGCUCCUGUUUAUCAUCAGCUUGGGCAAACCGGCGUCGGGGACAUGGGAUGAUGUGUUGAACAAAGUACAGGGAAUCCAAGAUGCACUUGCCCACGGCGCAAUCGAAACCAGCACACCACCGCUACCCCCGAGGGCCAUGGAGCUAUCACCACGGUUCAACCGGGAUAAAUUGCGCGAAGGGAUCAAGAAGCUGAACAAAAGGGCGCUGGAUAAACUGCAAAAGGAUCCGCCGGUGAUGCAACGGAUACAGACUGGCACUCGACGUGAUCAUGUGAAGCCACUUGGGGAUAAUAUAGUUGAAGUAAAUGGUCAAUAUUCCGACAACGAUAUCCUAUAUCAACAUGAUAUUGUUCUAACCGACAGCCAACUCGAAGACAUCCUAGCCAACGAUGAAGUCGACAAGGCCCAACGCAUUCGACGCCAAGCCGAAAACCCGAACUACGGACUAUGGGCCGAUAAUACAGUCUACUACUCUUUUAAUGAUAGCAUGAGAUCCAACCCACUAGCCGUUGAAGCAAUCCGAAUGGGAAUCGCCUUUUGGCAGAACAAUACUUGUAUCAACUUUGUGGAAGAUACGGGCAAUACGGCGCGGGAUCGCAUUCUAUUCGGGAGCAAAGCCGGAUGUAGCUCGAUGGUUGGGAGAGUCGGGGGGACUCAGGAUUUGUCGAUUGGGGGCGGCUGUGAAUCGGUGGGUACGGUAGCGCAUGAGCUUGGUCAUGCGCUUGGAUUUUGGCACCAAAUGUCAAGAAUGGAUCGCGACAGCUUCAUCACAAUUCAAUGGGCCAAUAUUAACAAAGACUAUUUGGGGCAAUUCACCAAACAAACGGCAUCGUCAAACUACAAUUAUGGGAUGACUUAUGAUUGGGGCAGUAUAAUGCAGUAUGGGUCGACGAGUGCAUCCGCUUCAAACCUUCCAUCAAUGACAGCUACGGAUGCGAAUUAUCAAGAUGUUAUGGGGAGUGAUAUUGUUGCAUUUUAUGAUGUGUCGAUGAUGAACGAGCGGUAUAAGUGUAAAGCCAACUGCCCUGGUACCUCAUCAGUAACCUGCCUCAACGGCGGCUAUCCACACCCCAGAAAUUGCCAAGUCUGCCAAUGCCCAAGAGGAUAUGGAGGAACAAAUUGUGGAGACAGAGCCCAAUUCCCUGAUGGCUGCGGCCAAUAUAUCAAGGCCACCGCCGAGAAACAAACCUUUACUGGUUCCCUCCAAGCCCAAAAAGACACCAACAAUUCGAAUGUCAUGCUCGGCCAGGUCGACUGCUCCUACGUUUUUUAUGCUGAUCCGGGGAAUAUCAUCGAGGUCACAAUACAAACAAUCGCUACCCCGGCCUGUACUGAUGGUUGUAUCUAUGGAGGUCUUGAAGUUAAGGCUCAUAAAGAUAUUAAAAUGUCUGGAUACAGAUACUGCUGCUCCAACGAUGCGAACAAAGUCAUCCGAAGCCCUUACAACAUCCUGCCCGUGCUCCUGUGGAAUAAAUACCGGAGCACGAGCGUCAAGCUCAGCUACCGGGCAGUGUCUAAUCAAGCACGAGUCGAGGAUGGGUAUGUAGCACCUGUGCUCAGUAUGCUAAUGGUGAAUACAACGACGGCGGCAACGGCGAGGCCGGCUACGGUUGCAUCAACGACAAUCAGGACAACGUCGACACCAAAAAGGACAACCCCAACAACCACACGCCCAACAACUACUUCGCCGAAAUGUCAAGACCGGAAUGCGCAUUGUGCUGAAUGGGACUACUACUUCAAUUUCUGUCGCGUCUACCCCAAAAGCUUCCGCAAUAUGUAUUGUCCAAGGACGUGCGGCCGGUGCCGAAGA